AUGUCGAGCAUUAUCAACAAGGUCAAGGACGCCGUUAGCGGCCACCAUGGGGACACUCAUGACUCCAAGACAUCUGGUACCCAUGAUACACAUGGAUCCUCCCACAACACCCACAACGCCAAGGACAACGUUCCUGGUCAAUACACAUCUACUGGUGCAGGAUCUAACACCUACGGUUCUUCCACUGGGCCUGAAAGCUACAAUACCGGUGGCUUCAACUCUGGCGCUCCUGGCACCCACCAUGGCUCAUCCACCACAGCAGGAACUGGAUAUGGCUCUGGCGUUGGCGUUGGCGGUGGCUUGGGCUCAGGUUCAGGUUAUGAGACUGGAACCCACGGCUCAUCAACUGGAGCUGGUCCCUACAGCACUGGUGCUAACAACACCUACGGAUCUUCCACCACGGGCACUGGUAUUGGUGGCCACAGCUCUGGUAUUCACCAUGACUCCCGUACCGGCCCUAUCGGUGCUGGUUCCAAUACUUACGGAUCGGAGCCGGUAGGCGGAUACGGCUCAAGCAACACUGGAACCUAUGGCUCCAGCAACAUCAAUGCAGGCCCUCACGACUCCAAGUUGGCUAACAAGCUUGACCCCCGCGUCGACAGUGAUCUUGACAACCGUGGAAAGCAUGGAACCAGUGGAUCUCAAUUUUCCAGUGGUGGUGCCUUUGACUCCAACCCGAACACGGCCUCCACCGGUUACGGCUCUGGAAACCCCAUCUCUGGAAGUGACAACUUCGGCAGCUCCACUGGCCACUCCGCUGGCCACUCCACCGGCUACGGUUCCAACCCCAUCUCCGGUAGUGAUACCUACGGCUCUACUGGCCGCACCACUGGUGGACUCUCCAACAACCCAAUCAGCGGUAGUGACAACUAUGGAGGCUCUACACACGGCCACGGCCCCGGCCACAACACGUCUGGUUUGCACAACACCCAUGGCCUUGAUAGCCGCACCGGCGAGCAGGGUUUCGGUGGAAACACAACCGGUGGUAGCAGCUACAAUGAGAACACCUCGAAGACUGGCAAGACCACCGGUCCUCACAGCUCUGACCUCUUGAACAAGCUGGACCCCAGAGUCGACGAGAAGAGCAACCCCAUCAGCAACCAGCGCAGUGGUUACUAG